AUGGACAAUCUCAACGUGGUCGGCCACAAGGACGGCUCCUCGGGUGGCUGGAAGCUGGCGGCCAAGGUCAACUGCAUCAUCCUUGUUGUUAUGUCGAUAGUUCUUAUCAGCUGCUUGAUCGUGGCGACUUCGCACAAUGGCGGCAGUACUCAGAAGGUGCUGUUCUUCUACGACGGCGACUGCGACGAGGGUAACGUGUCGAAGGUCAAUACGGCGCUGCAUCUGCUCAUCAACAUCGUUUCGACUCUAAUGGUGACAUCGAGCAACUUCUUCAUGCAGGUGUUGAACUCGCCAACCAGGGAGGAAAUUGAUAGGGCCCAUCUCCGACAGUCCUGGUUGGGGAUCGGCGUGCCUUCGGUUACCAACGCGUUCCUGGUUUCUAAAUUUAAAACCUGGUGCUGGGUACUCCUGCUCUCGACCACAAUUCCGAUCCAUCUCGUGUUCAAUUCGGCGAUCUUCGAGACCGACCGCCGCGAAUCCGACUUUCACCUCACUAUCGCCACGGAGCAGUUUGUAAAAGGAGGUCCCUUCUAUCCCCCCGGGGCAAGCUUGUUUCCGGCCGGGUUCUAUUACCCCUACUUUGGCUUACCAGCUGAGCUUACCUAUUAUGUUGACCCUGACUCCGAAGCUGUAAAAAACAUCUCGGCCACGGCGUUAAACGCUGGCCAGUGGAAAAGGCUCGAAAUACGAGAAUGUAUGCAAGAGUAUGUCUAUUGCCGCGGACUAAAGCAUCAUCGUAGUUUGGUCUUAGUCAUCGACAAACCUGACGGCUGGUUACGAGACGACAUGUGGCAUCUCCAAGACAACGAAAGCGACUUCUGGACACGUUACGUCCCCCCUGACCGGCGCAAUCACCUUUUCUUCGACACACAAUGCAGACUCACAUCAGGUCUACAACCGGGCACAUUUGACCUGUCCGUGAAGUACUGCCUCGCAGAACCACUCGAACGCAUUUGCCACGUCGCGCUGUCGCCAAUUUUACUGCUCAGCGUCACCCUGUGCGUCAUCCUCAAAACCUGCGUAGCCAUUCUGGCCAUGAUCGUCCUAAGCCGCAACAAUCAGGCGCCUCUAGUUACCCUAGGUGACGCCCUCGAGUCCUUCAUCGAACGGCCCGACUCUGCCACUGCCGGGAUGUGCACCGCUCACCAGGCCGACAUACGGUGGGCGAAGAAGGGCGUAAAAGUUACUCUAUCGGGGCCUAAGCGGUGGCGAUCGCUUCGUAACAAGUGGCGAGCAUCAGUUGUCCCAAUAUCCGUAUGGGUGACAAGCUAUGCCCUUUUUACUAUCGCCAUCGCCGUAUGUGUGUUUUUGCUUUGCAUGGGCCUCUCGAGCGAUCCUUUUUACGGCACGUUCUUCGCGAGUGAGAAUAACCCAUUCAUCAAAUAUAACUUCUCCCUCGUAGAGGGCGUCUUGACCGCCAACAGCCCACAACUCUUACUCUCCGUUUGCUAUCUCGCCUAUAACAAUAUGUUCACCCGCCUCCAGAUGGCUCGAGAAUGGUCGCUCUUCAGCGAGGGCUAUCACUCGCUGAGAGUGACAGACCCGAAGGGCGGUCAAUAUUGCACAUAUCGGCUUCAACUGCCGUAUAAAUAUAGCGUACCUCUGAUACUAGUCAGCAUAUUUCUCCAUUGGCUGCUCUCCAAUACUCUAUAUCUGUUCAUAUCUACUGGAGGCUAUUUCGGCGCGGGCGAAUUCCUUUCCGGGGCCCAACCCGACCCCAGCCUUCCGCCGGAUACAGCCGUUGCCUUAGGCUACUCGAAAUGGUCCCUCACGGUCGUGCUGGUGGUCUCGUGCGUCCUGGUUUUGAUUCCCAUUGUCUUGAGUAUGAAGCCACUGUCUCCGGAUAUCGUCAUCGUCGGGAGCAACUCGCUCGCGUUGUCCGCCGCGUGUCACGUGUCGAGGCUUUCAUAUGCUGCCAGCGCCGUGACCGGGACACAUGAUAGCCCGCUGCUAGCUAAACACGCUAAUUCACCCACGUCGUCGAGGUUCGACCUCCUGCCGACUGUUCGUUCGCCCGAGUACGACGCGGACAGGAAUGUCGGAGGCGACAACAUCGACCUGCGGGACUUAACGACGACUGAAUUUGGUAAUGGGGAGAGAUCGUCUCUCUCGUUGAGGCGGUUGUUACCCGACGGCAGUCAGACAGAAAGAGACGGGGAAGGAGACGGAGACGGAGACGAAGCAGACGAGCCGCGGCCACAGUGGCAGCGGGAAAACACCAGCGACAACAGUCCGUUUAGCAGUUUGGCCCAGAGCAAGAUCCGCUGGGGCGUCGUGCAGAUGCCACCGGAAUGGCACGCGUGGUACGGCGACGAAAACCGGGCUAUCGGGCACCUUGGGUUCGGCGUCGAGGAGGACGACGUACCGCCCCCCGUGGAUGGGCGGUUGUACGCGUAA